AUGUCUUCUACCAUGACGAUGCUUCAGCCAACACCAGUGGUGCCCUCCAAUGCACCGCUUCAUCAUCAGGAGUCAUACACUCGAUCAUCAAGAGUGCUACAGGAACAUUCGGGCAAUCGACAGCAGGAUUACUACGCCGCAUCGGUAGAUCAGAAGUAUCCUGCUUCAUACCUUACGGAGAACACUUAUCCCGCCUAUCAACAAGUUCCCCGCCCACUGCACACAAACACUCAUUCGCUUCUACAACACAAUCGACUUCGACACCCGCAGCAGAGGUUUCAUCAUGGACAGAGGGAUCCUCAACAGAUCAGGAAGGAGGCACGGUAUCUUUUCCAUCGCUUUCGAUCAUCAGAUGGCUACAUGAAGUAUCGCAAUCGACAACACAAGGAGGACAAGGGAGUUUCGGAGCAGAAGUGGCCCGAUCGAUUGGAGUAUGCUUUCUUCGAGGCACUUGUCAACUGGCCUCCCAUGGGCCGAAGAAAGCUUCCACACAAAGAUAAGCAACGCGGCCGCAACGAACUAAUCGCCGACUAUAUCGAAGAACACACUGGCGAAGCUCGAACACGAAAGCAAGUUUCCAGCCACAUCCAAGUACUGAAACCUUUCGUCGAAUCCGAUCCACACAUCAUGCGCUACCUCUCCAAGGAGGAUUUGACCGGGCACAGUCACCGAUAUUACUACCAAGGAGGCGGACACUAUCCAGUCGGAGGCCGAAGAGCAUCACAAUACCCUGCUACAGCACCCGGCAGUUACUCCACACGCAGCUCCAUUGCCGCUGGAGCACCGUCAAUGGAAACUGCGAACCUUUACCACACUCUGCCACAAAUCAAACAGAGCCUUUCUGUCUUUCACCCGAUCGCGUUCGAGAUGUUUGUUCAACGGAAAGCCCCGGGUGCAGAGCCUGAACGACUACAUACUUAUACCAAGAAUCUCCCAGCUCCGCUCAAAGACCACAUACAUCCUACUUGGGAUGAGUUUACCUCCGAGUUCCCUCUUCUGGCAAGCUUGCAUUCUGCUCGCCCCAUUGACUGUAAUGUUCUAUUUGCUGAGGCUUCCAUCGCUUUUCCAACAGGAACUUGGAAGGACAAGACAAAUGUUGAGCUGGGCAUCUCGUUGUCCUGUUCUUCGCAGCGACUCCCCCAGGACUCUAUGGUGUUCUGCUGCAACCGAUUCUACGAGAAGGGGGUUUUGCAGAAGGACUUCGGCAGUUCGCAUCCGGUACCCUGGGAUGAUUGGGUAGAUGAUGGUGACGGGUCGGCAAGGCUGGAGACAUUGAUCAAGUUCGGUUCUACAUUCUGGGCGAUGAAGCUGGGGGCUUUGGCAAACAAGCUGAAGAGUCCAGCUGCUGGAUUGAGGGAUGCCGUGUGUGGGAUGUUCGGAAAUACAACAGAUGGUAGAGAGAAGGUCGACGAGGAGUUGAGAGAUACAACGGCAUUACAAGAGAUUGUGAUCAAGAUGCCUGACGGGACUGGCCAGAGGUUGUUGCUCAUCUACUGGAAAUUCCGAUUGAGUCGGGCGGAAGAAGGACGUGCUUAUUGGAGACAGCUGAGUGUGCCGACUCCAGACUCGGCCAAAUCGGAGGCAAAAGAAGUGGCUCUCUAUGGAACAGAUUAUGCUGAAGCCGCUGCUCCAUACUUGGACCUCAAGACCGACAGGGUGGACAGUGUCUACGAGUAUCCUGGCUUGCAGACUUACGGUGCGGACGCAUAUGUAUCUAUGACACAACAACAACCGGCUACGCUACAAUCGCCAUUCAAGUACGAAACAUCGUCUUCAUCCAAUAGCGCUCUCAAUUCGGCAGUCUGGUCCUCAUCAAACGACUUCGAUACGAACGACGGAACAAACACAGCACCAAACUCUGCCGUGGAACUUUUCCCGCCAGAUGGCGACAAUGCAUUCGACUUCACUGGUGGGAACAUCAACAUCUCCUACGACAAUAUGGACUUUAGUGCCUUUGAUGCAUCCGCAUUUGACUUUGGUGCCAGUGCAACAGCGGACUUUGCCACCGAUCCUGCUCUGGAGAAUUACGGAACACAGGACUACAGUCAUCACGACUUCGACACGCAGUGGUACGAAAGCUUCGAUGGCUCUCAGCAGCAUCAUCUACCACAAAGCCAGACGCCUGCUCCACAAGCUGCCAUGUCUGCCGGCGCGACUCUGGAGGACGGCGACGCCCACAGCAGUACCGAACAGCAUGACCCAUACAGUUUCAAUCUCGACGUCCCUGCGACAUGCGGUGUCGAAUCCCGAUCCACAACAGCAACGUUUCAAGACUACAGCGUAACCCCAUAUGACGACAGUCAACAAUACAGCCAAACCUACGGCAUCUCACCACACGACAGCCAGCAAGCUUAUGGUGGUGCCGGGCAGGAGGCGGUAAUCAAGGACGAGGACGCUUUGGCAGCUUUGGCAGAUGCGAGCGGUUACAUGGCGCAUAUUGGCCAACAUCACCAAGAUGGUCAUCAGCAGCACUCGCAGCAUGAUGGGGUGCAGACCCGGCAGGGAAGCGAGGGGUAUGAUAUCUAUGACUUUCAGCAUCAGCAGUAUCAUGCUUCGUAG